ACUGGUUCCUCUACUGUUUCACCACGGCAUAUGCACAACUUUCCCUUUUCUCUCCAUCUGUUACCUUCUUUCUUUCUGCUGCUCAUGCGUCAAAUAGCAUUCACUUUCCUUUGUAUUCUGCGUUCUUGAUUUCGAAAAAUUCUCUAGCUCUGUUGCCCUUCUCAUCUAUCAUUGAAUUUCGUUGCACUUUCUUUUUUCUCCCCUUUUCUGCUUACAAUUUGUUGUAUUCACUGUUCUUGCUGCCUGCAUCUGUUGUUACCCACCACAAAAAAAGAAAGAAACAAAAUAGGAAAUGGCCCUGGAUACCAUUCUUGCUAUUGUUCCGAUGAUUGUCGAGUACACUUUCGUCCCCGUCAAGCGACACGUCAGUUACGCUUUCAACUGCGGAAGCAAGGUUGAAAAACUGAAGAAUCAGGUUGAGAACCUAAAAAAUCAGAGAGAUGGUUUGAAGCCGCAUGUUGAUGAAGCUAAGAGCCGAGGAGAUAAGAUCUAUGCUAAUAUUCAAAACUGGCUGAACAGUGUGGACGAAGCUAUUGGGGAGGCUGAUGAUCUCGUCGUCGAUGAAGAACAAGCAAGGGAAAGGUGUUUCUUGGGAUUGAUUCCCAAUUUGAAGAAGCGUUACAAGCUGAGCAAGAAAGUAGAGAAGAAAGCUCAAACAGUUGCUGAGCUUCGGGAGAAAGGCGAAUUUGAUCUUGAUCGAAUUUCCUACCGCCCUCCUCUUUGGCAAAUAAUGCCUCCAUCUGUCUAUAAUAAUGAAGUGUUGCAUUCAAGAAUUUCUAUCUUGGAGAAAGUUAUGAAUGCGCUGAGGGAUCCUGCAUUUAACAUGAUAGGAGUGUAUGGUGUGGGUGGUGUCGGAAAAACCACUCUAGCAAAAGAAGUCCGAAGGAAAGCAAUAGAAGACAAGUUAUUCGAUGUUGUACUUAUGGUUACUGUGUCUGAAACACCGGAGCUUCGAAAAAUUCAAGGGACGAUCGCAGAUAUGCUGGGCCUAGAAUUAAAAGAGGAGACUGAAGAAGGGAGAGCAUGUCGAUUGCGUCAACGAUUACUGCAGGAGAAGAAGAUCCUCGUGAUUUUGGAUGAUAUUUGGGAACAACUCGAACUGGAGAAAGUAGGAAUUCCUUUUGGAAAUGAUCACAAAGGAUGUAAAAUAUUUCUGACCUCCAGAAGAGAAGAUAUAUUGUCCCGAGACAUGGGCACCCAAGAAAGUUUUGAGCUUCGAGUUCUAUCAGAAGCAGAGGCGUGGAGUUUAUUUGUGACUGUGGUUGGUGAUGUUACGAAUCAGGACUUGCGCUCUAUAGCAACUGAAGUAGCAAAAAAAUGUGCAGGUUUGCCCGUCUUAAUUGUUACAGUUGCAGGAGCUUUGAAAAAUCGGGACUUGAACGAAUGGAAUGUUGCUUUGAAAGAGUUAUCUAAGGUUGACAAUGAAGGAAUUCAGUCAAAAGUAUACGCAACUCUGAAGUUGAGCUACAACCAUUUGGCUAGUGAAGAACUGAAGUCUUUUUUCUUGCUUUGUGCUCAAAUUGCUCAGAGUGAUAUUCAAAUCGGGGACUUGCUGUUGUACAGUAUGGGUUUGGAUUUGCUUAGAAGCAAAGAUACAGUGGAGUAUGCAAGAAACAGAGUAUAUAAAUUGGUAAGAGACCUCAAAGCCUCUUGCUUGCUAUUAGACGGUGACAGGAAUGGAUCUCUGAAAAUGCAUGACGUUGUUAGGGAUACUGCUCUCGAUAUUGCAUCUAAAUCUCAACACCCAUUCACAUUCAGAGAUGUAGUUGAAACAAAAGAAUGGCCAAACAGGGAUUUCAGAAGCUGCUCCAGAAUCGCUUUGCCUUCCUGUGAAAUCCAUGAGCUUCCUGAACGGUUGGAGUGCCCAAAAUUAGAGUUACUUGUCCUCGGAAGGGGAUCUAUUCAUUCGAAAGGCCCUGAUUUGAAUAUCUCUGAUAUAUUUUUUGAAGGGAUUACGAAGCUUAAAGUAGUGCAUUUCACUGGGAUGUGUUUAUGGUCCCUGCCUCCGUCUCUUGGUUACUUAACAAACCUUCUUACCUUGUGUUUAGAUGAAUGUGUAUUGCGGGAUGCAUCUGUGAUAGGUGAACUGAAGAGAUUAGAGGUCCUCAGCUUUCGUAGAUCUAUGAUAGAAGAGCUGCCAAGAGAAAUAGCGCAUUUAACUCGGCUGAAAUUGUUAGAUCUGAGCGACUGUGACAAACUCAAAGUCAUUCCGGCAAAUGUCAUAUCAAGGUUAUCCCUAUUAGAAGAACUGUAUAUGCUGGAGAGCUUUGGUCAAUGGGAGCUUCAAGGUCUCAACAGUUCAAACAAUGCAAGCCUUGCUGAAUUGAAAAACCUGUCUAGGUUGACAACGUUGGAAAUAGAUGUUCCAGAUGUCAAGAUGUUACCGAAAGACUUAUUCUCUAAUAAGUUGGAAAGGUAUGAUAUUGUUAUCGGAAAAAAGAGGUAUCGGUAUGAUGAGUAUUUAUCCUCAAGAAGGCUGAGGAUUCGGCUUAAUACAGACAUUCAUCUGGAUCAUGGAGUUGAUUUGUUGCUCAAGAAAGCAGAAGUUCUAUAUCUAGAUAAUGUGAAGGGGAUCAAGAGCAUUUUGUAUGACAUGGAUUGGGAAGGGUUUCCGCAAUUAAAGCAUCUUGACAUCAAAAAUAGUGAUGACAUUCAAUAUGUUAUUAAUUCAACGGUGCAGGUCCCUAGUUUAAAUGUCUUUCCCAUCCUGGAGUCUUUGUCUUUGAAUAAUUUGGUGAGCCUAGAGAAGAUUUGUUAUGGGCGACUCACAACAGGGCCUUUCACCAAAUUAAGAAUAUUAAAAGUCGGAAAAUGCAACAGAUUGAACAGUCUCUUCUCAUUCUCCAUCGUUAGAAACCUAUCUCAGCUUCAGGAAAUGACAGUAGAAUAUUGCCAGAACAUGGAAGAGAUUGUGAUCGAUCAAAGUGGCGUAGGAGAAGACAAUAUAGAAGUGGCUGAGUUCAGUCAAUUACGUUCCCUGAGACUAGGAGCUCUCCCAGCGCUCAAAAGCUUUUGCUUGAAAGUGAAGGAGUCGACAAGUGAUGAUGGAGGAUCCAAUGAAAUUGUGUUGGAGGAUGACGUUCAUAAUCCACGGCCACUUUUCGAAAAAAUGGUUUCAUUCCCCAACUUGGAGGAACUCUAUGUAGAGUCCAUAGGAUGUCAGGAUUUGAAGUAUUUAUUUACAACUUCAUUUGUCAAAAGCCUUUUACGGCUCAAGAGCCUUCACGUAGAUGAUUGUGGGUUCAUGGAAAGGAUAGUUCUCACAGAAGAAUUCGCAGAAGAAGAGAGACUGGAUAAGAUAAUCUUCUCUGAUUUAGAAAAUUUGACUCUCUGGGAUCUUCCAAAUCUCACAAGUUUUUGUGAUGGGCAUUUAAUUGAAUUUUGCUCUCUGACCAAUCUACGGAUAGACAAUCGUCUCAAAUCGUCUAAGUCUUUCGUCUCAAAUCGUCUAAGUCAAUCUCUUUUUGAUGAAAAGGUUGCAUUUUCGAGCUUGGAGCAUCUGUCAAUAAUUAGCAUGAGUAACUUGGAAAGGAUAUGGCACAACCAACUCGCUGGAGGUUCCUUUUGCAUGCUAAAAUCAAUGACAGUAGGAGAUUGUAAAAACUUGCACACUCUUUUUCCAUCAAAUGACUUAAGAAGAUUCCAGAAAUUGGAGCAGUUAAAUUUAAUGAAUUGUGAUUCAGUAGAAGAGAUAUAUCAACUCCCAGAAUUCAAUGCUGAAGAAGAAAGUUUUGCAAUAGAUUUGAAUUUAAGGUCUAUGAAAAUUCGUGAUCUGAAAAAAUUGAAGCAUAUAUGGAAUAAAGAUCUACAAGGAAUUUUCACCUUUAGGAAUCUAGAUUCAAUAGAAGUUGCACAGUGCAAGGUUUUGAAAAAUCUCUUUCCUGCUUCCGUAGCACAAAACCUUUUACUACUUGAAAAGCUUAGUGUAUACUCUUGUGGGGUGGAGGCGAUUGUUGCAAAGGCAGAAGGUGCAAAAGCAGCCUCUUCUUUUGUGUUCCCAAAAUUGCUCUCCUUGAAUCUCACAAAUCUACAAGAUAUCAGGAGAUUUUAUCCAGGAAUACAUAGCUUGGAAUUUCCAAGGUUAAAAGAUUUGAAGGUGCAUGAUUGUGGAAAUGGAAUGGAGUUUUGUUCAGAAUUGUUUAGUUUGCAGGGAAAACAUGGAGAGGAAAAACAUCACAUCACUAUUCAACAACCAUUACACUCGGAGAAAAAGGUACAAUCUUCUUAUUCUUUAAAUGAUAUUCAUUGAAAAA